GGGGAAAGAAAGAGGGGAAGAGAAGGGAAGGGGACUGCAGUCCGAAAGGGAGCCUUUGGGGAGCAAGGACCCUAAAUGAUAGGACGCAGAAUUGGUCGAGAGAAAGCCUAGACUGGAGGCAGCUGCAGCCGGCACAGGAAGCGCAUUUAUUUAUUUGGAGGAAAAAGGAGGGGAGGGAGGAGAGCAAGGGGUAAGAAGUGGGUUCCGGCCGAAGUGGAUGGAAGGGGACCGGGGUUUCUGCGGAGUAGGGAGCCGCCAACCAGGGCGAUGGCGCUAAGGUCGGCGCGGAGCGGCUGUGCGCCUGACAACGCGUCUCCUCGCGGAGGACCUGCCGGCGUCGGAAAGGUCUGCGCCAAGAGGAACCAACUUGUGGCUCCAAAAUGUACCCAACGCAGCUGGAAAUGAGAUCAAAGCUGCAGUUUCAUUCGAGAAGGAUGAGAGGAGCCAGCGAUUAGGGAAUUUUUUUUCUUUUUAAAAACCUUCGUUCCUGUUUCUUCUUUCUUUCUUUCUUUUUUAUUCUUUCUCUUUUUUUCCUUUUUUUUUUUUUUUCUUUUAAAAAUUUGUUCCACACCGCGUCGGUCCCACCACUGCCUUCCCCAUUUGAAAUAAAAGCCCAGUCCGAACUUCCAUCGCUGGCGCCCCUGGAUCUGCUGUCCGCUGAUGGAGGAGAAGGGGACCUGGGUGCUGGCAGGGGCCACCGGCGAGGGACCGCAUCACGCGUCUCCCCCGUGAUCCUGGCCCUGAUCGCGGAGUUCUGCCACACCUGGAAGAUCUGGACCGGGUGCUGGGGUGGGGGCGGGGACAGAGUGAAAGCCACCCCGAGCCUUUAAAAAAAAAAAAAAAAGUAGCGGGGGGGAGGAAUGGAUUUCUUGACAGCUGACGGAGCCUUGAAAUUUUCCUCCACUACCUCCGCCCCCGCCCCCCGCACUCCAUUUAACGUGAGAUUAUGAAAUUGCAGAGGCGGUGGAGGGAAGGAGACAGGAUAUAACCGGGAGUUUCGAGGGGAGAGGGGAAGGUGGCUGGCCGGGUGGCUGAAAUCAAAAAUCCAAUUGCGCACUGGGUUGUGAUGCGAAAUCUAAUCAGAUCUUUGGCAAAGGGGCCGGCCGGAAGGGUAGCGAGUGGGGGGAGUUGAUCCCCAAAUUCUUGGAAGGGGGGGUGUAGAAAAAGGAAUCGACUAUGUAAGAGGUGACUUUUUUGGUGGCGGUGGCUGCUGGGUGCCUUGCAAAAAUGAAGAAUGCGGGACGCAGCUCUCUCUGGGAGCCGAACGCAGUGGAUAAACUGAUCGUGCCAGAGAGAAGGAAGAACGAAGCUUUUUCUUCUGAGACCUGGAUCUUAACCUAAAUGUGUGUAUGUGCACACCGGGAGCGUUGAAAAAUGAAAUAAGCCAGUGGCAGACCUGCGGGAAUUGGUGUGUUUCUGACAAAUAAAUAAUAACAAGACAGUUGCUCCCCCUCCCCAAAAGGAUGAUUGGAAAUGAAAAAACGCGGAUCCACGAAGGAAAAGUAUGCUCAUUUUUCUCUAUAAAGGAGAAAGUGCGCCAAGGAGAUAUUUUUGGAGUGAAAAGUUUGGGGCUUUUUUAGGAAAGUAAAGACCUGAUAUGGUGGUUCUUCUUCUUCAUCAUCAUCAUCAUCUUCUUCUUCUUGUUGUUGUUUUUUUUUUCUUUUUGAAUUUCCCACAAGAGGAGAGGAAAUUAAUAAUACAUCUGCAAAGAAAUUUCAGAGAAGAAAAGUUGACCGCGGCAGAAUGAGGCAUUGAUUGGGGGAGAGAAACCAGCAAAGCACAGUUGGAUUUGUGCCUAUGUUGACUAAAAUUGACGGAUAAUUGCAGUUGGAUUUUUUUUAUCAACCUUUUUUUUUUUUUUUUUCCCUCCCUCUCAUUUUGGUGUCAAGAUCAUGCGUUUUCUCUUGUUCUUAACCACCUGGAUUUCCAUCUGGAUGUUGCUGUGAUGAGUCUGAAAUACAAUAAAAUAACAAUAUCAACAGCAUGUGAAAAUAGAUACUACCAUUGGAUGCUCAUCAUAUGUCAAGCACAGUGGAGAUGAAUUUAAUAUAUUGCCUAAUGUAAAUAAUUGGCAAAGACAUUGCCUAUUUGCAGCACAGAGACCCCAAUGGAGAGCUAGAUUGUUUGAACUCCAGACGGACCAACACCAGAUAAAUUAUGAAUGUUGAACAAGAUGACCUUACAUCCACAGCAGAUAAUGAUAGGUCCUAGGUUUAACAGGGCCCUAUUUGACCCCCUGCUUGUGGUGCUGCUGGCUCUUCAACUUCUUGUGGUGGCUGGUCUGGUGCGGGCUCAAACCUGCCCUUCCGUGUGCUCCUGCAGCAACCAGUUCAGCAAGGUUAUUUGUGUUCGGAAAAACCUGCGUGAGGUUCCAGAUGGCAUCUCCACCAACACGCGGCUGCUGAACCUUCAUGAGAACCAAAUCCAGAUCAUCAAAGUGAACAGCUUCAAGCACUUGAGGCACUUGGAAAUCCUCCAAUUGAGUAGGAACCAUAUUAGAACCAUUGAAAUUGGGGCCUUCAAUGGUCUGGCGAACCUCAACACUCUGGAACUCUUUGACAAUCGUCUUACUACCAUCCCGAAUGGAGCUUUUGUAUAUUUGUCUAAACUGAAGGAGCUCUGGUUGCGAAACAACCCCAUUGAAAGCAUCCCUUCUUAUGCUUUUAACAGAAUCCCUUCCUUGCGGCGACUAGACUUAGGGGAAUUGAAAAGGCUUUCAUAUAUCUCAGAAGGUGCCUUUGAAGGUCUGUCCAACUUGAGGUAUUUGAACCUGGCCAUGUGCAACCUCCGGGAAAUCCCUAACCUCACACCGCUCAUAAAACUGGAUGAGCUAGAUCUUUCUGGGAAUCACUUGUCCGCAAUCAGGCCUGGCUCUUUCCAGGGAUUGAUGCACCUUCAAAAACUGUGGAUGAUACAGUCCCAGAUUCAAGUGAUUGAACGGAAUGCCUUUGAUAACCUUCAGUCCCUAGUGGAGAUCAACCUGGCCCACAACAAUCUCACAUUACUGCCUCAUGACCUCUUUACACCCUUGCAUCAUCUAGAGAGGAUACACUUACAUCACAACCCUUGGAACUGUAACUGUGACAUACUGUGGCUCAGCUGGUGGAUAAAAGACAUGGCCCCCUCCAACACAGCUUGCUGCGCCCGGUGUAACACUCCUCCCAAUCUGAAAGGGAGGUACAUUGGGGAGCUCGACCAGAAUUAUUUCACAUGCUAUGCUCCUGUGAUUGUGGAGCCCCCUGCAGACCUCAAUGUCACUGAAGGCAUGGCAGCUGAGCUAAAGUGUCGGGCCUCCACGUCCCUGACGUCCGUGUCUUGGAUUACUCCAAAUGGAACAGUCAUGACACAUGGGGCGUACAAAGUACGGAUAGCUGUGCUCAGUGACGGUACAUUAAAUUUCACGAAUGUAACCGUUCAAGAUACAGGCAUGUAUACGUGUAUGGUGAGUAAUUCUGUUGGGAACACUACUGCUUCAGCCACCCUGAAUGUUACUGCAGCAACCACUACUCCCUUCUCUUACUUUUCAACUGUCACAGUAGAGACAAUGGAACCUUCUCAGGAUGAGGCACGGACCACAGACAACAAUGUGGGCCCCACUCCAGUGAUUGAUUGGGAGACCACUAAUGUGACCACCUCUCUCAUGCCACAGAGCACAAGGUCAACAGAAAAAACAUUCACCAUCCCAGUGACUGAUAUCAACAGUGGGAUCCCAGGAAUCGAUGAGGUCAUGAAGACUACCAAAAUCAUCAUUGGGUGUUUCGUGGCCAUCACACUCAUGGCGGCAGUGAUGCUGGUCAUCUUCUACAAGAUGAGAAAGCAGCACCAUAGGCAAAACCAUCAUGCUCCGACAAGGACUGUUGAAAUCAUUAAUGUGGAUGAUGAGAUCACAGGGGACACACCCAUGGAAAGCCACCUGCCCAUGCCUGCUAUCGAGCAUGAGCACCUAAACCACUAUAAUUCUUACAAAUCUCCCUUCAACCACACAACAACAGUUAACACAAUAAAUUCAAUACACAGUUCAGUGCAUGAACCGUUAUUGAUCCGAAUGAACUCUAAAGACAAUGUACAAGAGACUCAAAUCUAAAACAUUUACAGAGUUACAGAAAACAAACAAUCAAAAAAAAAAAAAAGAGACAGUUUAUUAAAAAUGACACAAAUGACUGGGCUAAAUCUACUGUUUCAAAAAAGUGUCUUUACAAAAAAACAAAAAAGAAAUUUAUUUAUUAAAAAUUCUAUUGUGAUCUAAAGCAGACAAAAUGAUGUGUAUUCCUCAGAACCUGUUUUUGCUGCAGUUAUUUACUAUUUUCCCACAUCUCGUCCCUCCCUUCCCCGAUUGCCAUAUUUUUCAUAGAUCUCAAUUCCCUAAAGAACUGGUCUAGGAAAUUUUGUAAGAAUUCUGUUACACUUUGAGAUUUUUAUGGUGAAUUCUAGUGGUGAGAUCCAGUCUAUUUUGUCUCUCUCGCUCGCUCUCUUUUAUUUUCUUUUUCCCUCAUACCCUUAUGAAGUAGUCCAAUGGGGAAUGCAAUAUUAGAAAUAGAUUUUUAAGAAAGAACAAGAAAGAAAUGCAAGAUCUUAUAUUUUUCAUGUAAUAAUCUGUUCUGUAUUUAUGAGGAGGACCAUUCUAUGGAAAAGAAAAGUAAAACAAAGUAAGCAAACAACAGAUUAAUUUACAUAUGAGCAUCUAUAAAACCCAUGACUUUUAAACAACUCUAGAACCAGAAUUUGUAGUUCAAAAGCUUAAAAUAAGAUUAUAAAUAAAAUAUUGUUGGUUUUUCUGUAA